AUGCGGACAAUAUUGGCACGAACAGCUCUGAGGCCGGGCGUCAUCCCGAAGGUCGCGGCGCCAGUUUCACGAAGGGCGUUCGCUGCCUCAAGACAAUUGAACGGCCAGAACAUAAUCCACAACUCAGUCCGCCGGCCCGAAGACCUGCACACAUACCUCAUGCUCUCGUCGUCGUCGCGCCGACCCCUGAUCACGCUGUGGACGACGAACUGGUGCGGGACCUGCAAGGUCGUGGCGCCGCUGCUGCGGGAGCUGGUCGAGUCCGGCACCGGCGAGGCCGAGGGCGGCGUCGCCUACUGUACCGUCGAGUACGACUGCCCGGACAUGAUGGCGGGCGACCUCGGCGCCCGCUACAUGAUCACCGCCAUCCCGACCCUGCUCAGCUUCGACGCCGGCGAGGCCCAGACUGACACCCGCACCGCCGACGCGCGGAAGCUGGCCGACCGCGCGUGGCUCGAGGAAUGGAUCCGCAACGAGGCGAGGCGGCACGGCGGCAGGGGCGGUGGCGGGAAGGGGCUCUUUGGGGGUCUGUUUGGGAGCUUGAAAUAA